AUGGUGGUGUCACGUGAUCGCGAGCCGCAGCGUGUUCAUCCAGUGGCUCCGUGCGUUCAGCUGAAAUAUUCGAUGGCUGAGGGGAGGUUGUGCGAGGUCACGCCUGUGCUCGGCCGUCUCCGGCCGCGUCCGCCGGCGCUCGGCGCCGCGCACCGUGCCGACGGCGACGUGCGCACAGCGACCUCUUGCGUGCGCCGAUACAGUGCCCCAUCGAGUUUACGUCCAGCGACCACGCUGCGGACUCUGCCGCUUCUCACACUGCCAUCGAAUUGUUAUCUUAAUAUCGUUCCUAGGCGACUCGCCUUUAGCGAACGACCGCCGCGAAUAAUUGCUAAAACGUAUAUUUUCAAUACGACACACCGAAACUAA